AUGUUCAAUAAUAUUAGAAAGCAUAAGGAAAAUAUUAGGAAUGAAUUAAGGACUCAUUUGUUUGGCAAGCAAGGACUAAGAAUCAGAAGAUCAGUGGACAUUGAGAAUGUAAUUGUCUAAUAGGAAUAAGUGCAAUCGGCUGUAAGAUUUAAGGAUGCCUAUGUAUUACAGGAAUAGAUAGGCGAAGGGGCACAUUCGGUUGUUAGAAAAUGCUACAAAAUACCUAAACAGCGAAGUACAAAAUCAUUGAUGCCUAAAUCCAUUCAAGUUUUUGCUGUUAAAUGUUUCAGAACUGAUGAUCCAGAGAUUGUCAAUACUAUAAUACAGACAUUCAAUCUACAAAGAUAAUUACAUGACAUCCCUUAUGUAUGCAGAACAUAUGAUUUAUUCAUUGAUCAAUAAACAAAGCAUCAUUAUCAAGUGAUAGAAUAUUGUGAUACUCCUAAUUUGGAAUAAGUGUACCGUAGCCUCACUCUCAGAUAGAAACAAGACACUAUUAAAUAGUUGGCUUAGAUUAUCGCCUAAAUUCAUGCCAGAGGAAUCUCACACAGAGAUUUAAAGCCAGAAAACAUUUUGAUUUAAACUGAACCAAACCUCCAAAUCAAAUUAAUCGAUUUUGGAGUGUCCAAACGAUUCAAAUACAGAGACGCCUUUACUGAAAUGUGGACUGCUACUGGCACUAUCCUUUAUUAGGCUCCAGAAGUCUUUCUGGGAGGAGGCUAUGACGAAAAAGUCGACAUCUGGUCCAUAGGGAUCAUACUCUAUCAGUUGUUAUGUUCAACUCUGCCCUUUUAUGCUGAGACCAUCAGUGAAACUAUAGAGUAAAUUACUUCCCCAGACCCCUAAUUUCAAUAUUCCAAAGAAUUUUUAAAGUUGAAUCCCAUCCAAAGAGACCUAAUUAAGAGACUGCUGAAACUACAUCCUCAUUAGAGAUUAUCUGCAGAAGAAAUACCAUUACAUCCAUGGUUUGAAUAGGAGAAUUAUGUCGAUGUAAGUUCUGAUGACAUGAUUCUAGCCUAGGAUAUGAUGAUAGGAGAAAGAACUAUGUCCAACUAAAUUGGGACUGAAAUCACAGAACAGCAAUUCCAAAAUCUGAUGGACAGUCUUGAAUGGGGUAGAAGAAUUCAUUUUAUCUAAUGA